UUCUUCCUGUUGGUUUCAGCAGCAAUAGGAUAUUUGGUUUGGUCAGAUCCGUCUAUUCUUUCGUAAUGAUCUAUACUGCAAUCGAUAACUUCUACCUCACUGAUGAAGAUCUGAAAAAUUCUCCUUCGAGGAAAGAUGACAUUCAAGAGGACACGGAGAUAAUGUUACGCAUCUACGGGUGCGAUCUCAUUCAGGAGAGCGGCAUUCUUCUCAGAUUACCUCAAGCAGUCAUGGCCACAGGGCAGGUCCUUUUCCACCGGUUCUACUGCAAAAAGUCUUUUGCGCGCUUCAGUGUGAAGAGGGUAGCAGCUAGCUGUGUUUGGUUGGCUUCGAAGCUCGAAGAGAGCCCUAGAAAAGCAAAGUAUAUUCUUAUGGUCUUUCACCGGAUGGAGUGUAGAAGAGAGGGUUUACCGAUAGAGCAUCUUGAUGUCAUGUCCAAGAAAUACUCAGACUUGAAGAACGAUUUAAUUAGAACGGAGAGACAUUUGCUGAAGGAGAUGGGUUUUAUCUGCCAUGUAGAACAUCCUCACAAGUUCAUAUCCAAUUACCUAGCAACACUUGGAGCUCCUCUUGAACUUAGGCAGGAAGCUUGGAACCUUGCAAAUGAUAG